CCCUCCCCCAUCGUCGCUUUCGCAAAAGGUAGAGCUUUGCGGGUUACUCGAGUUCAACAGCAUCUUCUCAAAAUGACCUCAUCGCCGCUGAAUGAACACUCUUUGGCAUUUGGCUACCGUCCCGCUGGUACGUUACCGACCUCCUACUUUGGUGCGCGGCCGUCCACGGCAUCCUAUAUGGCGAAUCCUGGAUGGUACGGUGGUGGUGAUCCCCGAUUCGCAGCAUUGCUACCAUGCGGUAUCGACCCUUCCAGAGCGGCCGUCCACGGCAUCCAACUGCCGAUGUCCCAACGACGAAAACGACGGGUUCUUUUUAGUCAGGCUCAGGUGUACGAACUCGAACGUCGUUUCAAACAGGCCAAGUAUUUGACAGCACCGGAACGAGAACAACUAGCCAACUCCAUUCAUCUUACACCUACUCAGGUGAAAAUAUGGUUUCAAAAUCAUCGCUACAAAUGUAAACGACAAGAGAAAGAAAAAGCGAUGACAGGCGGUCUCAGUCAUCGUGACGACUCGGCCAGUCCGCAAUCGGUGGAUGGGGAUGGGAAGGCCUCGCCAGAGUUAAGCACGACCAAGGACGAUCCGUCCUGCUCAGAGGCGGAGCCUAGCCAAUCCACCUCGGAGCCGCUUCCUGAGAUUAAAGGCGGCAUGUUCGCGGCGGUAAGCGGCAAAGCUGCUGACUUCUCGCAGCAUUUAUUUCUUUUGUGUUUUUCCUUUUGUUUAUUUAUUCAUUGA